UGUUCCAUUUUUGGAUACGUAUGAAGUGGAAGGAGUAGCACUUUAAAAUUAAAAGUUGCUGAAACACAACUCUGCCAAAAUAUGAAUAGAAUUAUACCAAGACAGCAAUCGUUGAUUGCUCCAGAAAUACUGAACCCGUUUGUCCACAAAUUACAUCUGGGAUAUUUAGACAUGAUAAAGAUUGGUGUGAUGUCAGUGACAGUGGCUCCACUGCGCCUAUUCAUGGUGGGGUUGUGUCUGGUGCUGGCGUGGCCCUUAGCAGCCCUUUGUGUGCUAGGGAGGACUCCAGAAGAGGCCAAGCAGCCCCUGUCCGGAUGGAGAAACACCCUGUUGAGGCCCGUUAUUGUGUUUUUAUCCCGCUGUGUGUUUUUCGCGGGUGGAUUUCAUCACGUAAAAGUGAAGGGAAAGCGAGCCCCUGUCCAAGAGGCUCCCAUUCUGGCUAUGGCUCCUCAUUCAUCAUAUAUGGAUGCUCUGCCUGUUGUGUUCCUAGACCUUACCAGCACUGUUGCUAAGAGUGCAAAUGGGGAGGUGCCCGUGUUUGGAACUUUACUUGCGUUUACCCAGCCAGUGUUGGUACAGAGAGAAGAUCCCAAUUCACGUCAGAAUACGAUAGCUGAGAUCCAGCGGAGAGCAAAAGAGUGCGGGAAGUGGCCCCAGAUUAUCAUUUUUCCCGAGGGCACUUGCACUAACAGAUCAUGCCUUAUAUCAUACAAGCUAGGUGCAUUUCACCCUGGUGUGCCUGUACAGCCAGUGUGUCUACGUUAUCCAAACAAACUGGACACUGUGACAUGGACAUGGGAAGGCCCUGGCGCAUUGGCAGUGCUAUGGCUUACUUUGUGCCAGUUUAAUACCAGUCUAGAAAUAGAGUUCCUGCCAGUGUACAGGCCAAGUGCUGAAGAAAUUGCUGAUCCUAAACUGUUUGCUCACAAUGUACGGGAGGUGAUGGCUAGGGCGCUGGAUGUACCAGUGACAGACCACACAUUUGAUGACUGUCGUCUGAUGGAGAAGGCUCGCCUGCUCAACCUGCCCAUGGAGACGGGGCUUGUGGAGUUCCAGAAGCUGCACAAGAAACUUGGGGUGAGUCUGGACCAGAUGCAGACAAUGUUGGAGAAGUUCAGUAGUAUCGCCAUGGGGACCAAUAAUGGGCAAGUAAGCCUGCACAAGUUCUCGAAGUACCUCCAACUGCCAGAGUCGUCAGCCUUGAGGGAUGUGUUUGCACUCUAUGACAGGGAUGGUUCUGGGACCAUUGACUUUCGUGAGUAUGUGAUAGGCCUUUCCCUGGUGUCAACACCUGCAAACACAGACAGCACGAUCUCACUGGCCUUUCAGCUGUUUGACUCAAGUCAUCGCGGGUACAUCAGUCGUGAUGACCUGUGCCUCAUCCUGCACAACGCCUUCAACAUGACACAGGUGGAUGUAGACAAUCUGUUUGAGGAGAUUGAUGCUGACAAGGAUGGCAAAAUCACUUUCGAGGAGUUUCAGAGCUUUGCCAAUGACAGACCGGAGUAUGCUCCCCUGUUUGUUGCCUUUCAAACUCACCAAUCUGAAAACAUCAGCAGCAAGCCCUCCGUCACAGUAACCAAGACUAAUGGCACCACCUUACCCACCAAAAAUGACCAGGAGCAUGUGAAAUCAGAGUGAAGGAACAGUUUCCUUGUGGUGUCAGAUGUUAAAUAGUUAAAAGUUAUAAAUGUAAUCAUUUUAGCCUGGCUCUUGGGAAAUGAUGCUUAACCCUUUGCAUGCUGGGAAAUUUGUCGUCUGCUCAAAUGUUGUCUGCUAAAUUUUUAAAAUUAGCAUUUUCUUCGAUUUUUUUCAAAGAACACCAUCAGAAUAGCAAACAGUUUGGAUCCUGAUGAGAUGCCACGUUCUGUGGCGUCUCAUCUGGAUCCAAACUGUUUGCAAAGACCUUCAAAAUUCGGUUCCCGCACUGAAAGGGUUAAAACAUUUGCGCAAAGUGUCAUCCAAGGUAAGCCUUUGCAGUCCACACAGGCUAAUCAAGGUAAGCACUUUGCUCUUUUAUGGGAUUUUUCGUGAAAGGAAUUCUCUUUUAAACAAGAAUUCAGUCAAGGCAGAAAGUGUCUUCCUCAAUUUGCCUGUGCAGACUGCGCAGACUUAUUUGGGACAAAACUUGAUGAAUGUGCACUAAGCCCUGUUUUUGAAGAACAAGGGUUAUAUUUUAUAUAUUAUUAUUAUGUUUCAUUAUUUUUAGAACAGACAAAUGUAGCAUAGAUUGGCCUUGGCAAUACUAUUAUAAAUUGGGAACUAGAUUCUAGAUACUUUUCUUUAGGGACCAUUGCUGUAGGUUUUACAGCUUCAGUAGGUGUUUUCUCUCAUCUGUUGUUAGGUGUAUGUGAGAGUACCAUAAAGAUUUGUUUAAUUCUCGGUCUUCCGUUAAACAUGGAAUGACUAUAAUUAAUAAAGCUUGUGAAACAAUUUGUAAGUUUUUGGAGAUAUUCAUUUUAUUGGUUAGGUGCAAUAUAUAUUAUUAUUUUAAGUUUGUUUGCCCACUUAUUUUCAUUUGUAGGACUUGUCCAACCCAAUCUAAGUUUGCUAGUUAGUCAGUUUUUAUUUAUUUCGAUGCUUUUGUAUGAUGUGGUCAUUGACUUAGUAUGAAAACAAACAUUUAAGUAUGGUCUCUUAACCCACCUUUGGCCUCCUCCUUUAAUGUAUUUUGAUCUUUAAGGAUAACAAUUACUGCUGGCUGCAUUCAGUAUUGGAUGAGCAUAAUUGUGUUAUAAGCAUUCAUUAUGUUAAGUGUAUAUGCAUGGCAUGUAUGAUUUGCAUGUAUUAUCAUAUGUUCUAUAUGUGUCAGUAUGCAGUGUAUGUAAAAUCUCGAUCUAUCUGUUUAAGCAUCUAAGCUGGUAAAUCCAAUAUCAAGUACUUGCUGACAGAAUUGCCUUUGUAAUUUAAUGGGAUCAGCGUCAUAUAAUAUAAAAGACCAAUUGAUAUGGGCCAUGCUCUGUGAAAAGGGGCUUUAAUGCAUGUGCGUAAAGUAUCGUCCCAGAUUAGCCUGUGCAGUCCACACAGGCUAAUCAGGGACGACACUUUCCGCUUUUAUGAUAUUUAUUGUUUAAAGAAAGUCUCUUCUUAGCAAAAUCCAGUUUAGGUGUAAAGUGUUGUCCCUGAUAAGCCUGUGCGCACAGGCUAAUCUUGGACGACACUUUAAGCACAUGCAAUAAACCCCAUUUUCACAGAGCACAUUGUAUUGUUUUUAGGAUAAACAACUGUUUUGUUUUGAUUGUCUGGGUUGGUUCCUUGCGUAAGGUUAAAUACUGACAACACAACAAUAUUUAGUACACAACAAAGUUGAUUUUGAAAGGUGUUGUUUUUUUUUAAAAGAAUUUUGUUUUCAUAAAGAAGUUUUGGUGCUUACUUCUUUAUUGUAGUUGGCUUGCUUUUUUUUAGAAAUCCCACAUGGUUUCUUUAACGUUUUCAAUAGCACCCAAUCCCCACGAUUCUUGUGAUAUUUAAUAUUUUGUUUUGUCGGUAAAUUUUUUUGCCUUUAUUGUGUUACUUGUUUUAUUUUAAAUUAUUUUGAAGAAAUUUUGCGUGCCUUUUAUUGGUACUUUGUAUGUUUUUAUUUUUUGCCAGUAUGAGUUGAAAUGUUGUCUGUUCAUUUGCAUGUUUCUACUUAAAGUUAAUUUGUACUGUUGCAUCAUUGAAAUGUCGAGAAAAAAACCCCCGAUAUUUAUACACUUAUUUUCCAGUUACUUCCUUUACAAAUGCUAAAAUAUAAUGCUUAUUCAGUAAUUGUAAAGCACAUUUGAUGUGUUUUUUUCUCCCAUGAAUCUCGAAAUGUUCUUAACCAUGCAUUUGUCAGACCUGUGUUUAUUAGCAUUGCAGACAUAAAUUUAUCACUUAUUCAAACUUGAUUACCAGCCUGAUAAAGAUUUCUUACAAGUCAUAAGUGAUAGGCAACAGUCUUUUCUGUUGUGUUUAACCUUUUUGAUAUGCUUUGAGUUACUUUUUCAAAUAUUCCACAUGUAGAUUUUUGUUUCCAAAAGCAGUCUUUGAAACGCAAUUUUUGUAUCAUCUGGUCUGGUGUUAUUGAAAGAACAGAAAAAUAAUUGGUAAUGUCGCAUGUGGUACGCUUUGAGGCAUAUUGCAAUAAAAUUACUUUUAAUUUUCAUUUGUAUUUUUCCAGUCAGUUUUUGACGUGAUCAUGUUGAAACUGAGAUUAUUGCAGAAUGAUAGAAGAAGACUAUCACAAGAAGGUCAGCUGAAACUAGCUCAAACUUUAUCACUAUGAGCCGUGCUCUGUGAAAAGAGAGAUUAAUGCAGGUGGGAUAAGUGUUGUGUCAGAGUCCGCACUAGCUAAUCAGGGACCACACUUUCUGCCUAUACUUUUUUUUUUUACUCACAAGAGACUUUCUUGAAACGAAAUAUAAAAGCGGAAAGUGUUGUCGCUGCGGACUGCACAGACUAAUCUGGGACAACACUUUAUGCGAAUGCCGGACGAAACCCCUCCCGGAUAAAAACCCUCCCGUCAGUUUAAUAGGGGCCGGACGAAAACCCUCCCAUGAAUAAACGGGGACGGACAAAAACCCUCCCAUGAAAAAAACGGGGGAGGACAAAAACCCUCCCAUGAAAAAACGGGACCGGACAAAAACCCUCCCGUGAAAUCCGAGCCACGAAUUCAACUAUCAACAAUUAUUUAUGAAUUUUUAAUCCGAAAUCGGUCAUUUCCGAAUGUCAUUUCCGACAUUUGUAUUUUGUUGUCGGUUAUCGGAGAUAUUUAUUUUUUGUAAUAGUGACUUCACUUCAGUAGGUAACAUUACACUAUAUAUUGACUAAUUAAAAUAUUUCCGAAUUAAAAUGUUGUUAUUUUACACCCAUUUGACGUCAAUUAUAUAUGUUUGAACUAAGAUUUGUAUUAUUACUUAGUACUACGAUAUUCAUGAUAACUUAGUAUGAAUAACAAGUAGGGUGUUUAUAUAAAAUAUAUAAAAUAUCAAUUGUGCGCCGGCCAGUGCAUUUAGAACAUCAAAGUCGUGUUUCUUGAUUAGUCAUCAUCGCAAAAAUAACAGAGGCGGAAACAGGCUUCCCAAGACAUUAUUUAUUUCGUUUUAUAACAAGUAUUAUGAAGUCUAGACAGUAUAAUGUUACGUACAUUGACAAAUAAGCAUAAUCAAUUGAUAAACAAAAACCAACAUUGUAGACACGUGUGUGCCUUUACACAAACAAAUUGCUUUUUAUAUGUUGCCGAUUUACAGUAUGAUAUUUUGAACAAAUGUUGUCAGCAUUGAGUGAUUAUUUCGGAGUUAUGAAAGCAACAUUGUGUGAAGCAAAUACAUUUGUCGGCGUUUAAUUGCUUUUAAUUGAUUCUGUGAUUAAACUACUUAAAAACUAAAAGUAGUUGCAGAUUCACAGUUUGCUAUUUUGAGUAAAUUUUGCGGAUUAAUGAAUGCAACAAUGUGUGAAGCAAUCAAAUUUUCGGUGUUUAAUUGCUUUCACGGGAGGGUUUUUGUCCGCAGUUGCAGAUUCACAGUUUGCUAUUUUGAUACAUAUUAUUGUAUGCCAUUAACUAGUUAAUUGUAAUGAUUAGCUGAUUAGUGGGCCUAAAUCACCGAAUCAUUGACAUAUUUGACAAUACAGUAUGCUUUAUAUAUUGUCUGCAAAAAUGCAAUUGACAGUCAAAGGUAAAUUAAAUAAGUAAUUAAGACAAAUUAUUUACAUGCUAACGAAUUGUUAGUUGUUAACAGAAUUUAACUUUCAUUUUCGCAAAGUUUUCAGAAACUUCCCGGAAAGCACGUUUUUUGCAUGAAUGAGCGUAUGACGCGAUUAAACGUUGCACCGUAUCGUAUUGCAUUCUAUCUAAAUUUAAAUUCACUUGUCUAUAAAUGGCCUCAUGUUUUAAUUGAUGUUGUUAUUAUGUUGGAUUAUCGGACAUAUAUGCACAUUAGAAAGCGGUAUGUUUACAGUUAAUGGAUACACAUUUUCUUUCAAUUUCACACCCCUUAAAACACAAUACACAAUACACACAAUGGGUAAUUUUAUCGGAUUAAUGAAUGCAACACUUAGUGUUUCUUUUACGGGAGGGUUUUUGUCCGGUCCCGUUUUUUCAUGGGAGGGUUUUUGUCCGGUCCCGUUUUUUUCAUGGGAGGGUUUUUGUCCGCCCAUGUUUAUUCAUGGGAGGGUUUUCGUCCGCCCCCUAUGAAAAUGACGGGAGGGUUUUUAUCCGGGAGGGGUUUUGUCCGUAUUCCACUUUAUGCACAUGCAUUAAACUCCUUUUUCACAUAGCACGGCCUUGCAAAUCCAUAUUAAGUUGUUUUGAUGUGUGCUGGGAAAUGGUACCUAAGUAUUAUGUAUGUCAAUCUAAAGAAAAACAGUAGAUUUGAUUUAAUCUGUAAAAUAAUUUUUAGUAAAAAUAAAAAAUUGUUUAUUGUACAUACUUUAUGCGUAUCCGAGACAGCACUUUUCACCUACGUUCACUUUCCUUCUAGGUUAAGUCCAGUUUUCUCUGCAUGCCUUAUGUCAUAAAAGUUUAUGCAAUUUAUUCUGUUAAUUUAUUUGCUUAUUUGAUACUUUUGGUUUCUCACUGUUGCGUCAAAUCCGAUGGAUGAUUGUUGUUCAUAACAUGUUUGUAUAUGUUAAACUUAUUUCUGUAAAUAUAAAGUCUCAAGGUCUGUUUUAACCAGGUUUUCCGAAGGAAAAAAUUGGUAAUUAGAUUGGUGAUGUCGGCGGGCGGGCUGGCGGGCGAAACAAGCUUGUUGGAGCCAUAACUUUGUUGUUCAUUGUCAGAUUUUAAAAUCAUUUGGCGCAUUUGUUCACCAUCAUUAGACGGUGUGUCCCCCGAAAGAAUUACGCCAAUAUCUCCAAGGUCAAGGUCACAAUUUGAGUUUGAAGGUCAAAAAUGGCCAUAAAUGAGCUUGUCCGGGCCAUAACUUUGUCGUUCAUUGUCAGAUUUAAAAAUCAUUUGGCACAUUUGUUCACCAUAAUUAGACCGUGUGUCGCGCGAAAGAAUUACGUCGAUAUCUCCAAGGUCAAGGUCACAAUUUGAGUUUGAAGGUCAAAAAUGGCCAUAAAUGAGCUUGUCCGGGCUAUUACUUUGUGAUUUAUUGUGAGAUUUUAAAAUCAUUUGGCACAUUUGUUCACCAUCAUUAGAAAGAAUCACGUCAAUAUCUCCAAGGUCAAGGUCGCCACAACUAAAAAUAGAUUGAUUUUGAAACAACUAUGUAACUAUGAACAAUCAGUAACAAUGCACAUUUUGAUUUUGAGUUGUCUCUCUUUAUCAGACUUUUUUUUCUAAUUGAAAUCAAGGUCAGUUUUACACGAGGGGGUUAACAAUACACAUUUUGAAUUGUCUCCCUUUAUCAGACUUUUUUUAACUGAAAACCUGGUUUUGUGACAAUUUUAUCCCUUGUUUGUAGUUGUGUAGAGGCAGGGUCCUCAAGUUGAUGUUUUGUUUGUAGCCCUAAAAGCAAUCCUGUUUGCACAUGUACUUUUGAUUAAAAUGUAUCAACAACAUUUUUUUAAUCAUUAACAAAUUCUGUUCACUUUGUCCACAUUUUUUUCAGUUGACAGUCAUAUUUUAUAAAUAAUUUGGAAAUAACAGCCAACAGUUGAUCUGCAAAGACCAGAGUGCUAUAGAUCUAUAGGACAUAGAUUGAACCUUUAUCCAAGGUGUUACUUUUUUCACUGAGCAACUUUUAUUUCUAAGUCAAAACAAUCUGUGAAUAUUAUCGCUAUUUUUAUUGUUGGAGUUUCAUUACUUUGCAUAUGUAUAGGUUAUUAGACGUUUCACUGUACAAUACGGAAAUAUAUCUGGACUCACACACAGUUUGAAGUCAUAUUGGACGAGCCGUUGUGUGCGAGUCCAAAUAUAUCACGUAUUGUACAGUUUAAACGUCUAAUAAGCUUUUUAUUCUAUAUCCCUUUCUUAAGCUCUUUGUUUCAUUUUAAUUUUGAUUUUAAAAUGCUUCAUUUGCAUCUAUGCUACUUUCAAACAAGCGCCCUUGUGAAUUGAUUAUUGCACGUUCUGACUUUUUCUCGGUAACGGCUUUUGUCUUUAUAAAACAUUUGCUUAGUGCACUUGUACUAAACUGUCCAAUAUGGAAAAAAUACAGACUUUUUGGAUCCAAUACCGGAAUAUAUUGGACGGUCACGUGGUACAUACGAAGAAUGCCCAUUGGGUGAAUUUAUUGGAUUUAGAAUAAAAGUAGUAUUAAAACUGAAUUUAACAAGAUCAUGCAAGUAUAACUGUUAAAACCUAAAAUGCUUAUAGUGUGUCUCAUUGGAAGGAUUGCUCAAUCACCAAACAAGAUGCAAAUAUAUACACACAUUUUACUGCUCAGAUCUGUUAAUAGAUUUUUAGAUAAUUGAAAAUAUCAGCUAUAAUACAUGUAAUUAUUUUUUAAUAUUUAGAUUAUGCUUGACUCUGUGAAUAUAUAACUUUCUUUCUAUUUGUAUUUAGCAAAAUAUUUUAUCUUUUGUAUAGUACAUUUUGUUGCACUUAUAUGUAUACAUGUAUUUUUAUGGCAAAUAUUUUUGUGUUUGGAUCUAUUAUGUAUGUGUAUAAUAAAUCAUACAUUUUAGAUAUAA